AUGAAGUUCAGCAUUGAAUCCACUGCUUCUUAUAAUAGUAUACAUCCAGCAUACCAUUACACAGAACAAUUUGCUAAUAAUGCUGAAACGUAUCAAGAGAGUACUAAAUGGUUUGGAAUAUUUUUGGCAUUUUUAUCAGGUACAUUUUUUACAAUUAGUUCUGCCUUAGUCAAAGCAGUACAAAAUGUACAUCCUAUGGUAUUGCUGACUAUCAGAUCUGUUUUACAAAUGAUAGUUAUGGCUGUUGUAGCAUUUAAAGUUUCUAAAAAUCUUUUUGGACCCAAAGGACAAAGAAUGCUUUUACAUUUACAAGGAAUAAUAGGUGGUGCAACAUUAUCAUUGUUAUAUUAUAGUUUUCGCAAAUUACCAAUAGGAGAUGCUACAACAAUUAUAUUUAGUUCUCCAGUGAUUGUAAUUGCAUUAUCUUUCAUUUUUUUAAAAGAACCUUGUGGAAUAUUGCGCGUAAUAGUUAUGUGUGCACUUUUUGCGGGAGUUAUUUUUGUAUCUAAACCACCUUUUUUAUUUCAGAUACAUAGAGCUGAAUCAUACAAUGUGAUGGGAUAUGUGUGUGCUAUUUUAGCAACUCUUUUUACAGCUCUUAAUAUAGUUAUUAUGAGAAAAUGUUCAGAAAUUCAUUACUCAGCAAUUAUCUUUAAUCUAUCUUGGUGGUCACUUGUUACAGCAGUAUUUUUUUUCUUUCUUGUAUCAGAUAAUCAAGAACAAAAAUCAAAAUUUUCAUAUGAUUGGAUUACUUGGAGUAAAAUAUUGUUAAUAGCACUAACUGGAUUAUCAGGUCAAAUUUUAGUGACUAAUGCAUUAAAAAUAGAAGGUGCUGGAAAAGUAUCAGUGACUAGAUCUUUAGAUAUUAUUUUGGCUUAUAUUGUACAAAUAUAUUUUUUUGGAGAUCAACCUACAUCAACUAGUAUUAUUGGAGCAUUUUUAAUCAUAAUCUCUGUUAUAUGUAUGGGAUUUGAGAAAGAAAUUUAUAAUGUUUGUGAUUUUAUUCCCUAAUCAAAGAUACAGUAUCUUAAAUUAUUUACCUGCAUAAACAUAGAUAAUAUACAUAUUUUUAUGAAUGGUGAAAACGUUAUUAUACUACUAUUAUGAUUUUCAUAAUAUAAAGUUUCAAGACUUUAUACAAUAUAAUAUUGAAUUAUAUGAAAACUACCAUUCAUUUACAUAAUUUUUUAACCGCAUGAAUUUAUAUACCUUACAUAAAUUUUCAUUCAAACUAAAAAUAAAAGUAUCAAGUAUUUAAUAGUUAACUCAACAAACUGAUUAUAUAUUUAUAAUUAUAAUCUAUAUUCUUUUCUAAAAUUUAUCAUGAGAUAGAAAUGACACAAUUUUUAAAGUAUACAAAUGAAUACAUAUUUACAAUUGUACACACAUCGUUAUUAUAUGUACUUCGAAUUAUCCGUGACUUUGUGCGGACGUAAUUAACUGUACCUUUAUAAUUGUUAACGCGGUUUAUUAAAAAAAAAAAUAUAUAUCUACGAUUAACAAUAAAUCACCAUACCAUAUCCAAGAUAAUAGUAUGUACAUUUUUUUUUCUUAGCUAUUUUAUCCCUGCUAGAUACAAACAAUUCUAUCGAGAAAAUGCUAAUUUAGAGCUUAUAAAUCUAUACAUAUUCUUAGAGCUUACUUAGUUUAUAACUGAA